AUGUCUGAGUUUACGUUGGAAUACGUACCUCAGAGAGCAAUAAAAGGACAAGUCCUGGCCGACUUCGUAGCCGAUCAUCCUGGGAUCACCCUUAGGGAGGAAACCAUUAGUUGCUGCGACAUAGCCAUAUGGGAAAUGUGGUUUGAUGGAUCUAUGACUAGCCAGGGGGCAGGCGCCAGAGUACACAUUAUCUCGCCUUUGGGGGCAUCUUACCGAUUAUCGUUCAGACUCCAGUUUGAAUCAGAAUACGAGGCCCUGAUAUUCGGUCUCGAAAUCUUGGCCGAACUGGGGGCAAAGGCAAUCAACGUUAGAGGCGAUUCUUUGUUGGUCAUCAAACAAGUAAUUAGAGAGUUCAAGUGCGAGUCCGAGUUAUUGGUAAGGUAUUGCAACAAGUGGGUACAAGAUAAAUCUACAAUUCGACGCAAUCGAAAGAGAAACGCCGAAUCUCCAUACUGGGGCAUCACCAUCAACGAAAGGAGACUAAGGUCCUUUGCCUUAAACUACGUUGUUCUGGCGGGCAAACUGUACAAAAAGGGUUUUGAAGGUCUACUCUUCAGGUGUAUCGGCCCAAAGGAGGCGAUGUUAGCAAUGGCCGAAGUACAUGAAGGGAUAGCAGGCGCUCACCAAGCAGGCCCCAGAAUGAGAUGGCUGAUCCAUAAAUACGGCUUCUAUUGGCCGAAAAUGGAACAAGACUGCAUAAGAUAUGCUAAAGGAGGAUGGGCUGUCGACCUCAUAUGGAAAAUAUAUCUUGGCUCGUCAGAUGGCCAUACGUUUGUCAUCAUCGCCACUUGCUAUUUCACCAAGUGGGUCGAAGCAAAACCCCUAAAAUCGCCCACGCAAGAAGCUGUGAUCAAGUUCUUUAAAGAGUACAUCGUUCACCGACAUGGUUUGCCAGAAUCAAUAACCACUGAUCAAGGGAAAAUGUUCACAAGAGCCGAUAUAGAUUGGUGGGCUUCUCAGAUGAAGAUUAAAAUGCUGCACUCGACAUCAUACUAUGCGCAAGCCAACGGACAGGCCGAGGCGGCAAACAAGUCUAUUAAGCUUAUUGUUCAGAAGAUGGCCGUAGAAAACCCAAGACAAUGGCACGUAUUGCUGUCAGAAACAGUUUAG